AUGCACGUGAGAGCUGGCCUGGGAGGGUCAUCUGCAGAUGAUGCUCUGAUCACAUCCCUGGUGUGCUACAGUGCACUCCGGGUGCCUACCCAGGCUGAGAUUCACAUAGCCAUCCACCAGGCCAAGGAUGAAACUGUGGAGACAGCAUUGUUAGCUGCCUUUACAUUUUGUAAGAUGCAGUGUCCACCCUUGUUGGAGUCCUCACACUCAAGAGGACUUUCAGUGCACCAGGCGCGGCUAGCUGCGGUGGCCAUCGAUGGAUUAGAGAAUCAUGGACUGAUCUCCGGGAGCCAUUCUUCCCCUGCAGCCUCCGUGUCACCUCACCCAACAGCAGACUGUCCUCACCAGCCUGCCUCUACCACUGGAAUUGCCUAUGACCCUCUGAUGCUGAAACACCAGUGUAUCUGUGGCAAUUCCACCACCCACCCUGAGCACGCUGGGCGGAUACAGAGCAUCUGGUCACGGCUACAAGAAACUGGGCUGCUAAAUAAAUGUGAGGUCUUUGCUGUGCCCUGUAGCAGCUGGCUUCUUUCCAGGGACAUUAGCAAAGGGUGA